AAGCAACAUGUUGCGUUGUCCAGGGAGACCAAGACAACAAAAAUCUUUGUAAAAUUAUGAGAUUCAUUUCACUGUCCACAAGUGAAGCAUCAGCUCUUCUCUUUGUUAUAUUUUAAUCUGUUAAGAGUUCACGAAUGUAUUGUGUCGCUCAGUGUGCCGUGGCACACGGGUUGAAAAACACUGGGUUAAUGUACCCUAGCAUUUGGAUAGACUACUGAACAAGAAUAUGUGCAGUGGUUGAAACAACCCAGAAUUCUAGUUAAUUCAAACCAGCAUUUGAGGACAAUAUAUAAGAAACACAUUUAGUUGAAAUAACCCAGAGGUGGAGUUGAUUUACAACAAUCACAAUAAAAAAUAGAAUAACCCUGGGUUAAAAAUCAACCAACUGUUUUCAGGCUGUAGUCUAGCUCACGACCAAGUAUCUUAAUACAUCUUCUGGAUGCUGAGCACCCCUUACAAAACCUAAUAUGAUGUAUUUGUUUAAACCACAGGUGCUAAACUCAACGCCCAGGGAUCAGAUCCGGGCCACCACGCCAUUUUAGUGCCCCCCCCCAAAAGCAAAUCAUGUGAGUCAACUUCCAUGAUCCUUGCAAAAAUCUGGACUGAAAUGUCCAAUUGUCAUGUGUCAUAAACAACAUUGACAUUCUUCAGGAAUAUUGUUACCCUGUUUACACGCACUUAAAUAAUAAUUGAACGAACAACAAACCAACAGUUAUUUUUAAGACAUAUCACAAGGAAACAGUGACAGCUCCGACAAACGCUGAAGUGACAGCCGAAACUGUCAGCUAGGUUAAUGUGUUUCUCUUCAACCAAAAAGAGUAUUGUCUGGAAAAAAGAAACUUUAAACAGUUGACUUCGGUGAUUUCAAAACAAGUAAUCCAUCAAUUUAUUGUGUACAAAUAAUGCAAUGAGAUAAUUAAACAUCAUAAUUAAAGCUUCGUCCGCCUCACAGUAUGGAGGUGCAGGGUUCUGGCCUCCCUGUGUGCCGUUUGCAUGUUCUCCCCGGGCCUGCGUGGGUUUUCUCCGGGUAAUCCGGCUUCCUCCAACAUUCCAAAAACAUGCGUGGCAGGCUCAUGGAAUACUCUAAAUUGUCCGUAGGUGCUAGUGUGAGCGUGGAUGGUUGUUCGUCUAUGUGUGCCCUGCGAUUGGCUGGCAACCGGUUCAGGGUGUCCCUCACUUCCUUCACAAAGACAGCUGGGAUAGGCUCCAGCACAACCGACGACCCUUGUGAUGAUAAGCGAAUAAGAAAAUAGAUGGAUGGAUGAAACAUUUAUUCGGCUUCACUGACAUAACAGCCCUCCGAGGGAAGAUGUAACUCCAACAUGGCCCAGAGACAAAAAUGAGUUUGACACUUCUUGUCUAAACCCGAGUCCUUUGUCCACUUUAAAAAGAUUUCUUUAAGUUAGGAUCUUCUUUUAUGGUUGUUUUCCUUUUUUAUUUUAUAUACAGUAUGUAUUUAUCGUCUUACUUGUUUUUUUUGUUUGUUUUUAAUUCACCAACUUUGCCUGCGCUGAGCUCGACCCGCUUCUCGCCUGGAUUCUACAAUAAACAUGACGUGGCGUGUUACUCAUUUUAAGUCUCUAAAUCUGCAAAAGAUAUGCGCAAUGUGGCAUGUAUAUUUUAUUUCCUGUGGUUUACACCUCGGAGUGCGCACGACUCCUUCAAUUGAUUGGCGCACCUCAGCAAGGUGGGAGGGAGUUAUUUUGGUUUCGCUUUUACAGUACUUGGACAACCUAUACAGGAUAUGCUCAUCAGAUCACGCAGACGACAGUCCGUUCUUAAGGUAUAUUAAAGGUCAUGUCUGGAAAUAUCACUCAAGGAGUCGACUUGACGCACGGAGCAAAUAGUUCCGCGUGUGAAAUCAACUUGAAAUUUACGCAUGCGUUUCUGCCACCUGUCUUUGUCGUCGUUUUCGUGGUCAGGACACUUUCCAACGCAUGGGGGUUAAGAAGCGUGUGCAGCGGUUGGAAGAGCAUAGGAAACAUCAACAUCUUCAUGCUUAAUCUGGGACUGGCGGACCUGCAGUAUCUGCUCACGCUCCCCUUCCUUGUGGCGUACUACGCGCAGGACAGCUACUGGCAGUUCGGCCAACCUUUCUGCAAGUUGACCCGCUUCUGCUUCAACCUCAACCUGUACGGCAGCAUCGGCUUCCUCACUUGCAUUAGCAUCUACAGGUACCUGGGAAUCGUGCACCCCAUGAGAGUGAUGGGCAAGAUCAGCAACCAUCAUUCUCUUAUCGUCAGCGCCCUGGUUUGGUUUUUGGUUGUUGCUCAGAUCCUCCCGGACGUGUUCUUUGUCAAGAAUGAUGCAAAGAAACUUAACGGCUGUUAUGACACCACCUCCACUGACUGGAUCAGAGAAUAUCUGCCCUACAGCAUUGGAUGGACGGUUACAGGGUUUGCCAUCCCAUUACUUGUCAUCAUGCUGUGUUAUGGCCACGUGGUUUGGGUCCUUGCCAAAAACUCCAACAUUAACCCCCUGCUAAAGCAGCGCUGUUUGAAACUUGUGAUUAUUUUGCUCUUAUUGUUUUCCAUCUGUUUCAUCCCUUACCACGUGCUCCGAAAUGUGAAUCUCCAAACCAGGAUUUUGAAACAACGAGGCAUCUGCCACGAGAGCUUCCGCAACGUAUAUAUUGCACACCAGGUCAGCAGAUGUCUUGCGUGUUUAAACAGCGCUAUAAACCCUUUGAUAUAUAUUGUUGGAAAUGACAAUUUCCUGAUGAAGCUUCAUCGUCUAAGUGAGCGGACCAGGAUGUCGUUGGCCAACUUAACGCACACGAUUAUUUACCGCAAACCGCUAGAAGUGGAGCCCGAUUCAGUCUCAGUGACCUAUUCAUGAAAAGUUAGCUUUCAAACUUGCCUGGAUCCUUAUCACCACAACACGGACUUACAGUAAUUAUUAUUGACACAUUCUGGAAUGACUAUCCUCGUGUGAUGUCUGAUGUCAAAGUGUCUGUGAGUAUGAGUAUCCUCAAAUAUUAAAAAAAUUAUUAAUCAUGUAUAUUGAUAUUGUACAGUAUACACCCUUUUUGGAGGAAUUGUUUUCUUUUUGGAGCCCUAUUCGUUCUGUAUUUUUUUGCUACUAUUUUGACUUGCUGAAGAAAGGUGUAACAAAAUGGCCUCACAGAUGUAUGCACUUUUAAUCUGGCGGUUGGUUUUCCUGUCCAUCUUUGUACAGCAGGUAUCAAGCAAUUCAGGAAGAGUUAAAGCAAAAAUAGCAGUCAGUGUCCUCCAAUGGGUUCCGCGAAAAGUCUUUCUCUGGAACUUGCAGGAAAAAAAAGCACAAAAUUGAUGUAAUCAUUUCCUGCAUCUGAUUUACUUGUUAGUUAUUCAACUUUGGGUUUAAAAAUAUCUAUUGUGAGCAACAAUGUGAUGAUGCUGUUUUGAAAUGUUUCAAAAAUUGGAAAACAUAAGUCAUUCAUUCGGUCGAAAUGUAACAAUACUGGAGAUAAGCCAGUUGUUAUUUAUUUUUUAUUUUUUGCAAAUGGAAUAAUGUUGCAAAUGUAUAAAAUAUUUAGUUUUUGCUCGCAAAUCUUUUGCAAAAAAUACAGUAUAUCAACAGAAUAAAAAUGUUGUCAUUGUGACCCCACAUUA